AUGUCAACAGGAACAAGACAGAAUCAUGUGGAUUAUAGUUGGAGUGAAAAAGGUCCAGCUCGUACAGUCUCAACUGCCUUUAUACUUGGUGGCCUAUUAGGACUUGGUCUAGGUUUGAUCCUACUCUCCGACACACUUGUAGGUUAUGGAUUCUACCUUGUCGGUCUUGCCCUAUUCCAUCUCUGGGAGUACUUAUGGGUAUCAAUGUAUGAUCAUACUCUACUCUCAAGCAAGUCAUUCCUUAUCAAUCAUAGUUCAGCAUUCAACUUUGCAUUGUUGUUGGGCUUUGUAGAGUUCUGGAUUGAAUGGUACUUGUUCCCAUCGAUGAAGUCGUUUGGAUACUUGAACAUGUUGGGCGCAUUGACAAUGUUUGUCGGACAAGCAUUUAGAACAAAGGCUAUGAUCAAGGCCGGCACCAACUUCUCACACAUCGUGCAGGACACCAAGAGAAGCGAUCACAAACUGGUCACCGAUGGCAUCUACCAAUACAUGCGUCAUCCAUCGUACUUUGGCUGGUUCGUCUGGAGUGUCUCGACGCAACUCGUUCAAUUCAACCCGAUCUGCAUCGUCGGCUAUGCCUGGGCUUCAUGGCGCUUCUUCUCUGAGCGCAUUGAGGAUGAGGAGGACUUCCUAGUUGGGUUCUUUGGAAACGAUUACAAAGAGUACCGCAAGAGAGUAUGGUCUGGUAUCCCACUCAUCAAAUAA